GAGGAAGUGGCGGCAGCGGCCGGGGGGAGGCUAGAGCUGUGUCUGCGCGGGCGGCAAGCAACGGCUGAGGCGACGGCGGUAGUGUGGGUUGGGCUCAAGCAGACGGCCGCACCUCAGACUCCCUGGAGCGGGAGCCCACGCGGGCGGGCUCCUGAAACAAAGAGCAGCGGGAGUCCAGACGCCGCGGGUGGGCGGUCAGCCGGUCAGCACCGAGCCCGCCAGCGGGUGCCCGCGCUAGCCCGGAGCGCGGCCGGCCGGCGCGGCCUGAAGGCGCGAAGAUGCCGCGCGUCGUACCCGACCAGAGAAGCAAGUUCGAGAACGAGGAGUUCUUCAGGAAGCUGAGCCGCGAGUGUGAGAUUAAGUACACGGGCUUCAGGGACCGGCCUCACGAGGAGCGCCAGACACGCUUCCAGAACGCCUGCCGCGACGGCCGUUCGGAGAUCGCUUUUGUGGCCACAGGAACCAAUCUGUCUCUCCAGUUUUUUCCGGCCAGCUGGCAGGGAGAACAGCGACAAACACCUAGCCGGGAAUAUGUCGACUUAGAAAGAGAAGCAGGCAAGGUGUACUUGAAAGCUCCCAUGAUUCUCAAUGGAGUAUGUGUCAUCUGGAAAGGCUGGAUUGAUCUCCACAGAUUGGAUGGUAUGGGUUGCCUGGAGUUUGAUGAGGAGCGAGCCCAGCAGGAAGAUGCAUUAGCACAACAGGCCUUCGAAGAGGCUCGAAGAAGAACUCGUGAAUUUGAGGAUAGAGACAGGUCUCACCGGGAGGAAAUGGAGGUGAGAGUUUCACAGCUGCUGGCAGUAACUGGCAAGAAGACAACAAGACCCUAGUCCUGGUUCCAAUUUAGGUGGUGGUGAUGAUCUCAAGCUUCGUUAAUAUGAGCACAGCACAUGUGCCACCCAUCUCUACAUACACACUGCUUCUAGUUGGUAUACCCAACUCAUUGUGCGACCAGAAACUGUGAUAACUGGAGGUACUACAGUAUAUUUCAUGACCUGAGGCAGUAAAAGACAUCAUCAGCUGCCAUGGUUUUGCACUAUAAUAUCUGCAUUUCUGAUUUUUAAAACAUGUAGCCAGUAAUAAUUUGAAAUUUUUUUCUAUGCAAGCUUAUCUUGUUGGCAUUAUUUUAGUUGGGUUGAAAGUAUCUACUUUCUCCAUUUUAAUUUUAAAGUUCAUGUCAUUUAAAAGCAAGAUAAGAAAUUGAAAUUUGUAUCAGGGUUUUCUUCAGCAGUUGCUUAAAAUUAUUUUGUACUUUCAGACGAGUUGGUUAUACAGCUUUCCUCCUUAAUAAGCGUUCUUUGUUUGUGUUUGUUUUCUCCAUAUCAUUUUGUGUUUUUUGUAUUCUACACCAUUUUACAAAUGAAUAUGUGUUCGCAUUUUUUACAAGCUAAAACCUAGCGGCAUAGAGCUGUCUGUCACAGCCUCCUAAAACAAAAGUUUACAGUUGCUAAAGUCACAGUAUCCUUUUAAAUACUAAUACUCAACCUUUCUUGCCCUUUUAAACAUAAACAUUUUAAUUUUUAUUUGUCUCAAAUCUGUUUCAAGUUAUAUUCUAUCGUCAUGCGUUUGGGUAGAGGUAUUCUCGAUAGGUGAUAAUGUUCUACAGAAAUGCCCAAAGAAGUCACAGACUGGCUUCUGUUUUAUUCAGGGAUUUUUUUUUUAAGUCAAUCAGAAAAAGGAUACUGGAACUUCUCCUAUGUAACAGCAUAUUAAACUGGAGGCAGUGAUGAAUCAGCUAUAAAGGUAAAUUGUAUUAAAAUAGCUGCUUUCAUGUGUAUUUUGUAUUGCAUGCUUUUGUAGAAACAAUAUUGGGUGAUGAAGAUUAGUCUUAGAAAAUGUUCAUCUGUGCAGAAGAUACAUUUUCUUCCAUUAAUUCUGGGUAAAACAUUCACAGUUAUAUAUGAUGGUAUUUUGCAAAAGGACUAUUAAUAGUGCAUUUUGAGAUGAAUCAGUGUAACAACAAUAUUUUUAAAAUAGGCUUAGUGUCAAAUUGCAAUUUUUUUAAAAAUAUAACUGGAAGAAAGUGCUAAGUCAUUUGGCACAUGCUUACAGAUACUUUUCUUGGUCAUAUUCAUUAAAUGUUAACUACAUUUCUGAAUUUUUGCAAAAAUGUAUUUUAUCAUAAAAUGGCAUUAUUUUAGAGAAUUUUAAAAACUGACAUGGUCAAUUCAGAAAAGUCUGAAUAAGGUCAUUGCAUUUAAAAAGCAUAUAAAGAUACUUGAUUGUGGAAGUGUGUCUUUCAUUGUAUAUAGGUCUUAUAAUUCAUAAAUAAAUACCCUGUAUCUCAAAAUAAAAAUAUUUGUUAUAUA